ACUUCCUCUGCUUCAACGCGUACAUGGGCAACAUUGUGGCGGACAGCACUUACGAACCGCACCCCGCUCCCGGCACCAUGGCGACCGACCGCGACUCUGUGGAGGUCGGCACCGACAGCACCCCGGGAAACUUCGGGGGCCAGUUCAUGGGGGCUGAUCCCAAGGUGCUUCGCGAGGCGCCACUCUGGAUCCACCGAAACUACAAGAUGCCAAUCAUGAUCACCGAGAACGGCUGGGCCCACCAGAGAGGCGGCACUGGUGACAACGACCCUCGGCACGACAGCCCCAGGGCGCCCUAUCACAGUGUCUAUCUGCAAGAGCUGCUGCGCGUCCAGAGGGAAGACGGCGUCGAUGUGUUGGGCUACAUGGUGUGGAGCCUUUUGGACAGUUUCGAGUGGUCGGCAGGUUUCAGCCGCAAGUUCGGGCUGGUGUACGUGGACUACGAGACCGGCAGCCUGAACCGCACGCUCAAAGAUUCUUCGUGGUUCUUCCAGUACAUGGGCGAGAACCGAAAGGUCCCUGUUCUCGAAUUUAAUUUUGACUUCAGUUCAGGCGCGACCAGGACGUCUGCUCUCACCUUCGCCGUGAUCGCCGCUGCCACAGUGCUGUGGUGGGCGUAAUGCCUUUUUUGUAUUUUUUUAAAUAACGAAAUAAUAAAAACCUGUGAACGGA